AGAGACGGUGAGAGAGCGAAGGGAAACAGAGCCAGCCGAGCUCUGGGCGUGCUCGACACGUGGCCUCGACGCAACCGAGGAGGAGGCUCUCAACUUCUCCGUCGCCCUCAUCUCCAUCGCCGGCCACCGAGAAGACGAAGGUCGCCAACGCCAUGGAGCCACGGUCGUUUCCUCUUCUUUUGCGUUCCUCAAUUCACUCUUGAUGCCGUCCCCGUUCCAUCUAAUUUCGUCCCAUUCCAUGCAGCGGUUAAACGGAAACGCGACCGCGCACUCCGACGCUCUGGAGCACGCACCGAGUGCCACCGCUGCAUCAUCAUCGUCGCGCUGGCCUCCGUGGACCAAAUCCGGCCAAGCCAUCGCCCCAACAUCAUCACCACGACCUCCUCUUCAAAAUCCCUCAAGAAUCCCAGGCUCCCAGCCAAUGCCGCAACGUGGAGGGAGAUCGGCGUCGUCUACCUUAAGUCCGGCCGCCGGCCAUCGUCGCCCAUUCCUCACUCUCGGCUUGAAGACCGAAGGAACGUCGACGCCGUCGCCAUGCCGAUUUCCGUCGCUGCCGGGUCGUCUUCUCCACUGUCACCGAUGUUCAGAACAAUCCAAGCUGCGGUCAAGCUUCAACGGCGAAAUCGUUAUCGGUGAGGUGAUUGGACUUAUAGCUGAUCUCAGGGAGGAAUAGACUUAGUUUAAUUUGAGUGAUGCGGGUUUCGACUGCUUCUUCUAGGAUUUGAACUUAAUGGGGUAAACCCCUAGUCGGUGUGCUUGAGGAUUGGGUAGUCAAGCUUCCGCUGUUCUCUAAUAUAGUUAUAUUUGGCCGGUCGGCCUAUGUAUCUAUUAAGUAGUUGUAAUCUGAAUUUUAUUUGCUUUAGAUGUAUUUUGCUAUGUAUGUCCAUGCUUAAGAUGAAAGUGUGAAUCUAGUGCACAUCCUGGGAACUAGAUUCAUAUGAGUAUGAGUUAAGAAUAUUUGAGAUGUUGUAGAUCUUUAGCCAUUUUUGUCAAGUCUCUUGAAUAUGUAACACAUCUGGUCGCCGCCUUCGAGUGGUUUGACGGGCACAUAUCAGACUGAAGUUGACUGGCAGGCUAAAGGUCUAGCAAUGUCUCUAAUAUUCUUCUCUCGAGGCGUCGAAUAUUUCAUCAUGUUUGUUUGAUGACUUAAAUUAUUCACUUCAUCUCUCAAAUAUAAUGGAAGGUCCGGAGAG